AUGCCUCGCCGUGCAGCAUCUCCAGCUGCGUCGGAGAAUGAAUUCGACAUUACAAAUGCUUUGUUCCAACAUGACAGUGAUUCCGACGAUGCUACCACUUCUCAACCUCGGCAACAAAAGCCGGCACCUGCAAAAGAUCUCGAUUUCCUAGGAGCAGACGAUGAUGACGAUGAGGCUUUCAUUGCGAACCAGCAGGCAUCUGCCAACCGGAAGGGCUCAAAUCUCAAAGGUCGUACAGUCAAGAAGGGUGGUGGAUUUCAGGCCAUGGGAUUAAAUGCGGGUCUACUAAAGGCCAUCACUCGCAAAGGAUUUUCCGUCCCGACUCCAAUCCAGCGCAAGACUAUCCCCGUGAUCAUGGAUGACCAAGAUGUCGUGGGUAUGGCGCGAACCGGUUCCGGAAAGACAGCGGCGUUCGUCAUCCCCAUGAUCGAGAAGUUGAAGAGUCACAGCAGCACGGUGGGCGCGCGGGGAUUGAUCAUGUCUCCAUCGCGUGAACUGGCUUUGCAAACCCUCAAGGUGGUCAAGGAGAUGGGCCGAGGAACUGAUUUGAGAGCAGUUCUCUUGGUCGGUGGAGACAGUCUAGAGGACCAGUUUGGGAUGAUGGCGGGCAAUCCCGACAUCGUGAUUGCGACCCCGGGUCGGUUCCUGCACCUGAAGGUGGAGAUGGGGCUGGAUCUGUCCAGUAUUCGAUACGUUGUCUUUGACGAGGCGGAUCGAUUGUUCGAAAUGGGUUUCGCCGCACAAUUGACCGAGAUUCUGCAUGGAUUGCCUGCAACCCGGCAAACGCUCCUCUUCUCCGCGACACUGCCCAAGUCACUCGUUGAGUUUGCUCGGGCAGGUCUCCAGGAACCAAGUCUUGUGCGUCUGGAUACCGAGAGCAAAAUCUCGCCUGAUCUCCAAAACGCCUUCUUUGCGGUCAAGUCUUCCGAUAAGGAGGGUGCUCUCCUCCACAUCCUCCACGAGGUCAUCAAAAUGCCCACCGGCCCCACCGAAGUCUCGCAAAAACGCAAGGAAGAGGGACCAAAGGGCCCCAAGAAGCGCAAGAGAUCGGAAGGAGAUAAGCCUGGCAACUUCAAGGAGUCUCCUACGAAGCAUUCGACUAUUGUGUUCGCCGCGACGAAGCACCACGUCGACUAUCUCUAUGCUCUACUAUUAGAGGCGGGAUUUGCUACGUCUUACGCCUACGGUUCCCUGGAUCAAACCGCCCGUAAAAUUCAAGUUCAAAACUUUCGCAACGGCAUCUCCAACAUUUUGGUGGUGACGGAUGUUGCUGCUCGAGGUAUCGAUAUCCCAGUCCUUGCCAACGUCAUCAACUACGACUUCCCAUCACAGCCCAAGAUCUUCAUCCAUCGUGUCGGUCGUACCGCACGUGCCGGCCAAAAGGGAUGGAGUUAUAGUCUUGUCCGCGACUCAGAUGCGCCAUAUCUGCUUGACCUCCAGCUUUUUUUGGGACGGAAGCUGGUGCUGGGUCGUCAGGCAGGUAACAACGUCAAUUUCGCCGAAGACAUCGCCGUGGGGACGAUUCCUCGCGACGGCUUGUCCCACAGCUGCGAGUGGGUUAAUCGGACGCUGGAAGAAAACACCGAUAUCAUUUCACAGCGACAGGUAGCGCAAAAGGGAGAAAAACUCUACAUGCGCACACGGAACGCGGCAUCAUUGGAAAGUGCCAAGCGUGCGAAGCAGGUCGUGAGCUCGGAAGAGUGGUCCACCAUCCACGCCUUGUUCAACGACGAAAGUAGCCAGAUGGAGGCGGAGCGCGAUAAGAUGCUGACCCGGAUUGGAGGGUACCGGCCACAGGAGACAAUUUUUGAGACGAACAACCGACGUGGUGGCAAGCCAGAUGGAGACGAGGCCACGGACACGAUUAAGCGCAUGCGCACAUCAAUUGAUACCAAAAAGAAGCGCGCACAAGCCCAAGAGCAGUCUGACUUUGCCGAGUCGGGCGGUAGCAAUGCAAACCAAGAGGGCGUGGAAGAUGAUGACGUGCCGUCAGAGGCUGGCGACAACAUGUCCAUCGCAUCCGACUCCGAUCUCGAGGUCACAUUCUCCGCCUAUUCUCAGAACAACAACAACAACAAUCAAACUGGCCAAAAGAGCGAGGUCUCUGCGACAUCCUUCCAGAAUCCCGACUACUUCAUGGGCUACAAACCGACCGACACCUCCCUGACGGAGGACCGGGCGUACGGAGUGCACUCGGGAACAAACUCGAAUUUUACCCAAGCGUCACGCAGCGCGACAAUGGAUCUGACCGGUGACGAAGGCGCACGCGGAUUUGCCGAGCCGCGGUCCAUCAUGCGCUGGGACAAACGACACAAGAAGUACGUGGCGCGCCAGAACGACGAAGACGGAUCCAAGGGCGACCGACUAGUCCGCGGCGAGAGCGGAGCCAAGAUCGCAGCCAGUUUCCGCAGCGGCCGGUUCCAGGCCUGGAAGAAGGGCAAGCGACUCGAGGCCAUGCCGCGCGUUGGCGAGGCCGAGACGCCCGGGCUGGCUGGGGGACUGAACUCAGGCCGGGGUGGCGGCCGGUUUGGCGGCCGGUUCCGGCAUCACAAGGAGCAGGCACCCAAGCGGGCGGACCCCCUGCGGGGCGACUACGACAAGAUGAAGAAGAAGAACGCGGCGGCGCGGGACCGGCAGCAGAGCAAGAUGGGUGGAGCAGCGGCUGGAGGGAAGAGCGAGAUCCGGUCGACGGACGAUAUCCGCAAAGCGCGCAAGCAGAAGCAGCAGCGGCGCGAGAAAAAUGCCCGGCCGUCCAAGAAACGGUAA